AUGCCAAAGAGGAAGUCGGAAGAACCUCCGGAUGUCUCCACUGACACCGCUUCGCCCUCGCACAAAAAGGUGAGAGUUGAUGAUACCCUUCAUGAAACGCCAGUGUUGAAUGGAAAGCCAGCCGUCAAUGGCAAGCAACCAGAAGACGGAAAUACAAGCGGGGAGGGCCACUCGAAGCCAGAAAAUGUAGGACAUGAGAUCGUUGAGGAUGAAGUUUUUGCUUUAGAGGAAGACGAGGAGCGCACCCCGGUUGUACCCUUACGACAGGACGUACCGACCGAAGGCUACAGCGAUCUCUACCUUGACACCAUAAACCGAUCCAUCCUCGACUUCGAUUUCGAGAAGCUAUGCUCAGUUUCACUCUCAAACAUCAACGUGUAUGCGUGUCUGGUGUGUGGAAAAUACUACCAGGGAAGGGGCCCGAAGUCACACGCUUAUUUCCAUGCUCUGGAAGUUGGCCAUCAUGCCUACAUCAAUAUGGAAACCAAGAGAGUCUAUGUGUUGCCCGAAGGAUAUGAGGUCCAGAAUAAGAGCUUGGAAGAUAUCAAAUAUGUAGUGGAUCCGAGAUUUACCGAAGCGGACGUCAAGAAGCUGGACAGAGAUGCGCGAGAGUCGAUAGAUCUGGCCAACAAAAGAUACCGGCCAGGGUUCAUAGGAAUGAACAACAUCAAGGCCAAUGACUACCUCAAUGUGGUUGUUCAAACUCUGGCACACAUUGGCCCAGUACGGAAUUACCUUCUGCUCCACCAAUUCCCGCAGACUGCUGCUCAGCUGCCUGUUCGAUUUAGCACCCUCGUCCGGAAGCUCUGGAAUCCUCGCGCAUUUCGAAACCACGUCUCGCCCCAUGAGCUGCUCCAAGAGAUUGCACUCCGCUCCUCGAAACGCUUUACUCUGACCCAGCAAUCUGACCCAGUCGAGUUUCUUUCCUGGUUUCUCAAUAAUCUACACUUGACCCUCGGUGGAUCGAAAACCAAGCCAUUCUCGUCCAUCAUUCAGCGAACAUUCCAGGGAAAACUUCGCAUGGAGUCUCAAGCCAUUACCGCAAAAUCGGACACAACUGGCGAUCGUCUUCGUUUCGAAGAGUCCUCUACUAUCAACAGCACAACGACACCAUAUCUCAUCUUAACCCUCGACCUUCCGCCAAGACCACUCUUCCGUGAUGCGAUUGAAGCCAGAAACAUCAUCCCACAGGUACCUCUCACUACUCUCUUGCAGAAGUACUCCGGUCUCCACGCCUCCGAGAAGCAAGAUCGUCGUAUCCGGCAUCGCUUAUUACAUCCCCUGCCGCCAUAUUUGUUGUUCCAUGUCAAGCGCUUCUCCGCCAACAAAUUCGUGUCAGAGCGUAACCCAACCAUUGUGACCUUUCCAUCUCCGCGCGGACUAGACAUGAGUCCGUAUGUUGAACCCAAUCCAGCGUUACACCCGGUCGGUGAACCCAUCCGCUAUGAAUUGGUUGCCAACAUCAUCCUUGAUACGACCGAUGGGAAGGGUUCGUCGGAGGACUCGAAUGCGGCAGAUGCGGCGAGAAAAGCGGUGGGAGGGGAAGGAGAGAUGGGCGUGAGCUGGAAGGUACAGGUUAGAGACAAGGCUGCCGCUUGGGCAGAGGCUCAUGGAGAGGAAAAUCGUCGAGGUCUGCCAGAGUGGUUGGAGAUCCAGGACUUGGUGGUCAAAAGGGCGGAGGCGGAGACAUUGUUCACAAGGGAAGGUUAUCUCAUGGUUUGGGAGAGGAGAAAAAUGUCAGGCGGUGAGAGGAAAGGCAAGCCCAAGGCAUGA